UCUGUCCUGAUGGUUUAAUGGGAGACACUUGUGAGCACGUGGUCGUGUCUAAGUCAGGAUGUGGCGCUGUUUUGACAUCUGUAUCUGGAACUGUUGAGUCUUCUCAGUUUUCCAAGGGUUACUAUCCCAACGACGAAGAUUGCUAUUGGCUCAUACAAGGGCCGCCCAGUUCGAAGAUCGGUGUGACCUUCCAUUCAUUCGACGUCGAUGACGAAGGUGACUGUCAGUGGUGUACGUGUGAUUAUCUCGAGGCCAAAGUCUACGGAUUUGAGAAAGUUGGACAGAGAUUUUGCGGUUCCUAUGUCAGACCAAUUCAUCACAACUUCAGUUCACUUCUGUUACAUUUCCACGCAGACGACACAUGGAGCAUGAACUCUGGACUCAAGUUUUCCUAUCACAUUAUUCAGAUGUGACGUCAUUCGUUAAAGAGAACGGAAACCAGUUUUGGCACCAAAAUAUUCACCGAACAAUUUAGAACAUCAAUGUGUGUAAAACCUACCUUCGGUGGCCUUUGUUAUCUCGGGGCUUUUUUCAUACAAAAGUGAAAUA